AUGUAUGACAUUUAUCGUCGACUGAGCCGUAUGACGGGAGUUUCAUUUUGUGAAACUACAAAAACUAUUCAAAUGGAUGACGAAUGCUGGAAUGAUCGCAUUCAGGAAAUACCUGAUGCGUCAAAACUCCGAGCACAUCCCCUCACUGAUAUCGACAGAUUGGAUCGACUUUUUGGAGGCAAACACAUUUCAACUGAUGAUGGGUACUAUCCCGAUUCUGGAGUAGAUCAGAAUACCGAGUCUGAGACGGUUACCGAGAAUGAAACCGAUACU